AACAACCGGCCUUCAGUCCAACUUAUUGCAUUUUAUUAAUGCAUUAGUUUCGAAAGCGAACAAAUUUCUGACGUUUCAAUGUAAUACUUUUCUUGCACUAGUGUCGAAAGUUCGACUAAAAAGAACAAAUAUGUUCGUGAAAGACAAUAUAUAAAAUACGCGUAGAAAGUAGUGAGGAAGGAUAAAACAAAAAAAUGUAGAAGAAAGUUUGUGCGGCAUAUCGUCUUAUUUGGGAAUAUAAUAGGUUAGCCGCAACUAGGGGAAUUUCUUCUGCGUCAGUUAUGAUGCCGACUGGCGAUUUUAGAGAAAGAGAAAAGAGGCCGAAGUAGCGUUGAUUUGGUAAAGUAUAAUAUUUGAAAACUGUGCACUCGCCCGCGUAUCGAUCCCGUUUGCUACAAAGUUAGACGAUAUAUCUGGCUCCAGUUACAUCGCACAUACAUUUAUGCAAUCUGUGUAACAUUGUGAACUGGUAGACGCAAAUGGAGGACGACGUUGGUUAUGUCGGGUGAAAACAAAUAAACUAUCAAUGUAAACGGGAUGACUCUGUUGAGAUUCUCUUUGGAGAUCUAUUCGCAUGCACUGUUAGAAGGAGCAAUAUAAAUGUGUAACGGUAGUAGUGGCAGCGGUAGACAUAACGUCCCCCGCACAGAACUUCCAUACAAUGUCUGAGGAUUCUAAGAUGGGCCUAUUUGGCUCAAAAAAUAAAAGUCAGGAGCAGAGUGAGAAAUCUUCCAAAGAUAAUUCACCGAUGCGUUAUGUCCCUUACUGUAUUGACAGUGACACAGAGACAUAUGAUACUGAAGCACUGAGCGUCAUGGAUAUCAAUGACAUUAUUGGUGUACAGUCUGGCGAACAGGUUGGUGAUUCAACCUUAGAGAGCGAAAUUGCUGCACUUUCAGAGAUAAUUACGGAAUCCAAGGUGGAAUCAUCUCAACAAUCGACGAAUCCAACGAAGGAGACGCAAGAAAGUUCAUCUAAUGUACUUAGUUCUACCUCUGAUGUCAUUUGUGCAACAAAUAAUGAUAAUACUACAAGUAUUGUUGGUACUAACGAAUCCAAUAUUGUGUCUGAGGAACGUGCUGUAGAUAGCAAUCUUGAAAUUCGAGAAGACACAUUUAUUCAUACACAUGAAAAUAUGAUACAUAAAGAUUCAUCAUCGAUUACAAGUAAAAAUAUUUCCGAAAGUACUGAACUGGAUUCAGUUAAAUGUAGCGAAUCUUCUUCUGUAGAUACUAAAGACACAGUUGAUGAUGCACCUGUGGUUUGUACAUCGUCUUCCAAUGAUAAACCAUGUAUUGAGACUGAUUUAUCAAGUGCUGUAUUAGCUGAUACUGUUCAAGAAAUUGUCCAAAAUAAGCAACAAUCAAACGCGACUUCUUCCGUGAACUAUGAAGAAGAUAUAUUGAGGAAGAUGGAAAACAAAUCUGUCAAUGAUGAAACUGAAAGCCAAGACAAAGUGUUAGACUCCAAAAGUGAGGCAAAGCAUGUAGUGACAAUUGGUAGUAUUAGUAAAAGUUUGCAAUUAAUAGGAGAGGCAUACAUAUCAGAGGAUUCUGAAGAGACCAACAUACAUGACAAUGAUUCUCCAAAAGAUAUCACAUCCUUUUCUAUUUGUAAAGAAACUCCAUCAUUUAAUAUUUCUGCAAUAUGUCAUGAUAAGGAUAAUUCUGAAGUAACUGAUGCAACGAAACAAGAUAUAGAAAAAUCCAUUGAUUCAACUGAUGAUUCAACUAAUAUGGUUAUCCCAGAAAAAUGUAAUAUAAAAACAGAAGAUAUCAGUAAUAAAGAAACAAAAGAUCUGAGUGCAAAAAUUGGGGACCUGGAAAAUUCUAGUCAAAGUGAAACAUUACAACAGAACGACUUGGUCUUAAACGAAGUGCCAAAGUGUACUGAUAACGAGAUAUCAAGCAGUACACAUAAACAAAUAGAAAAUGACACAGAAAUAAAUAGAACGGCCACAAUUGAAGAAACAUCGUCGGAACCUCAAUCAUCCAAUGAGGCUUGUGCAGAAAUGCCGAAUAUAGAAACGUCUACUGCAUCGCCAAAGGAAACGCAAGAUAUCGAAGAGGAUCGAGAGGAUAAAGUUGAUAAUACCAAAUCAGAAUCAAAUAUGUCGACGCUUAUUCUUGAAACACAGGAGGAGAGUAUUUCCAUGGUUUCUAGUGAAAAUGAAUCAUCGGAUACUAAGGAGAUAAACGACAAUUAUGCUGUCACUGACAAUAACACGGAAGACCUUGUGGAAGAUAAAUCCAAAUGUGAAGAUAAAAAGGUCCUUUCAGAAUCUGCAAAUAGUAUUCAGAAUUCUACGCUAACUGAAGUAUCUGAUGAAAAAUCAUGUAUGUCAGAAUCGAUAUGUAAAAAUAGUCAGGAAUCCGACGCUGUCGUUGACAGCUCUCUAACAAUAGAAGAAAUUGCUUCAGCGGAAACGGCUAUCGCGACAGAUCUCGAGACGGCCACCGAUGACAAUCAGGACAAUGUAGACACAAACGUCGAAGCGAAAGAAAAGUUUAUGCUAACGAAUGACAGUGCAUCUAAGGUUGAGUCAAGUACAGUUAAGAACGAAUCAGACUCAAAGGAAAAUACGGUAUCAUUGACUCAUGAAGCUAUCGAAGAAAAUGAAGAGACUAUCGCCGUGGAGACGAGUAACGUGCAAUGUUCAAGUAACCAUUCAUUGGAUGAGCAAAGCUGUAUUACAAAUUCACACUCCUCGGAUCCAUUAACACAGAAUGACGCAGACGCAACACUUGCCGAUGUUAAUAUUUCUAAGGAUACGACAAUUUGCACGGAAGAAAAUGUCUGUACUGAAUCCUUGGUCUCGGUCAAAUGUACUGAACCUAUCGAACAGCUUCCACCUCUAUUAAAAACAUCUGAAGUCUGUGAAGUUAACGAUACGAUUACCUCUAAUAAAUCUGAUAGAUCUGAAAAAUCUGAUAAAUCUGAAAGUUUACCCGAAGAUCCUGCCCCUGUGUCUGUUGAAACGAGUGAUACAACUGAAGAUACAAAGAUACCGUUAGAAUGUGAAGCUGAGAAGAUAGAAGAUUUGAAACCGGAAAUAACGUCGUCAGUCGUGAACAAAGACGAAACAUCACCUGCGACAGAGAUAUCUUCUCCACAGCAAACUCCCGACCAGCCUGAAUUACACGCGCAGAGUGAAGAAAUUGAUUCGUACUCUGCACAAACGGAAAGUGAACCUAUUCAGAAAAAUGUUACUUCUCCCGACGUAUCAUCGGAAAAGGAUACUAAUCCGCCAUUAGCUGAUAAUUUAGUGGUUGCAGAAGAUAAAGUAUCGAGUCCUUUGGACAGUACAUCACAGGAAGAAGUUAAAACCGAAGAAAAUAUCGUAACUGAGAUUCCGUUGAAUGAGGAGAAAGCCGAAGAAACAGAGAUCUUUAUACCAAGCACAAGCGAAAAAAAGAUUGUAGAAGCCGAAGAACGUACUAAUGAAGAGGACAAAGAAGCAGGAAGAGAAGAAGUAAAAGCAGGAGAACAAGAAGAAGAAGAAGAAGAAGAAGCAGAAGCCGAAGUCGAAGCCGGAGUCGAAGCCGAAGUCGAAGCAGAAACAGAAGAAGAAAUUCUUGACACAAAUCUAUUUUUGGAAUCGAAAAUUCCAGCGUCUGAUAUCCAGAUGAUGAACACUCAAGAUGAGAAGAUCCAGGAGGAUAAAGAGACGCGCGAUGAAACCGCGAUAGUAGUCGAUAAGGAAUCGGAAAAAUUGAGCGAUGUCGAGGUAACUUCAAUAAUCGAGGAGAAGAAUACAGAAGCCAAGGAAUCUGCCAACGAUAAUUUAGGGGACGUGCAAUCAGACGACAUUAGCCUUUCUAUGUUGCAAGAAAGCUCAGAGAAGUCAAUCGAGGGAGAGUCAAUACAUGAUGAAGACACUAAUUCGAAGAAUGAUCUCAAAGAUCAUGAAAAUAUCUCGGAUAACGUCAGCGAUGUUGUGAAAAUUUUGCCCGAAUCAAUACAAUCCUCGAAAGAAGACGCGAUAGACACGUUAACAGGCAUGUUAAGCGAUGACAACGAGACGACUGACAUGAAGAGCAUAAUGGAGAUCGAAGAAAACGGAGCUGAAGUAAACUCGCUGCAGGAUUCGGCGGACUUGCCGUUGGAGGCGAAUAUCGAAAAGUUAGCUGAGAAACUGUCUCAAGAUACGGUAUGCAUGGACGAUUCGAUCGCUACGCAACAUAUGGACUCCCUGGAGGGACUCCUAGACCUUGAUCUGAUAUCUGGCAGUGAGAAUCCGUCGUUGAAGGACGCGAAGGCCGAGGACAAGGCUGCGGAGGAAGCAGUAAGUAAGGUAGUCGAUAUGGAUCUCUUAUUGGAUCAGACGAAUCAAAGCGAAACGAGCUUGUCGCAAAAUUCAGACUACAUAACGAAUGUAAUCACCAGCUGCUUGACGAGCAGAGACGACGAAGUGAACGAAGCGAUGGCCGAGCAGCCGGUUAACGACAAAGCCACCGAGAACGAAGCCAAUGAAUUGUUGAAGAUGAGCGAAGCUGCGAGCAGCACGAAGCCGGUGAGCGAGAACGCAGAUGACGAGAAGAUGGAGGAGCCUCUGAGGACAGUCUGUAAUCCGGAGCGAAGUGACUUGGACGCGGAGUUUGGAGACAACCGGCUGGAGUCAGUGGGCGACCUGGAGGAGGCCGAGAGCAAGCUGGAAUUGCCGCAGGAUAUGCUGCUGGAAGCCGUAGUGUCCCAAGAGAAUCUCGCCGACAUGCCGGCCGUCAUCGAGAAUUCACAGUCGAGCUCGGAGAUCUCCGAGCUGGAGUCCGCCGUGAAAUUCCUGCAGGAGUCCGAGGAGCAAACGAUAGACUCGCCGUUGGUGCUCUCGCCGAAGAUGGUGGAGAGCGUCGUCGAGGAUAUCGCGAAGCAGGCUGGCGCGGAGCUCUACGUGAUGCCUGACGAUGCGGAUAAUUACACGAACAGCGAAUCCGAGCUAGCAUCGCGCAUCUCCAUCUCCAUCUCAGAGGCUGAGAUUAUAUCGGAGGCUGCGAAGCUGGAGAACGAGCGGAAGUUCGCAACGCAGAUGCAAAACAUCCUCGCUGGCGACGCGACGCCAGGGAAGGAUGUCGGGAGAGUGGAGGAGGUGAACGAAGGAGUCGAAGAGAAUGAGAAGACAAAGAACCGGACGUGUUCAAAGUCUCCUGUCGAGCUCGCUCCCAUCAUGGCUGACUCUCCAAGUGUGCAAGCGACGGAUGACCCAUCCUCGCGCGAGAAGAAAGAAGAAGACACCAAGUCAGAUCUCAAGCCGUUGUCGAACGAAUGUAUCCUGAAGGCGUGUGAGCUGAUUCCGCGAGUAUCGAUAUUGGAAGAGCGGCUGAAGGAGCCGCCUAAGAUCGAGAUACCCGUCCCGGACUCCACUAAGGUGGAGUCCACCAUCAGUCCAAACGACAGUCUUCUCAUACCAAAGGACUCCAGCAGAGCCAUGAUGUACUCAAAGAUGCUGGAGUCGCCCAAGUCUGACAGGAGCACUGCUGCCGAGUCGAGAAGUGUGGAAACGCCGCGCAAGGAGUCCGAGAAGCACGACUUCGAGAACGUGGGCUCGCCGCGGAUCAUCCUGAAGAUCGCCAAGUCCGCGAUCGCGGAUUGCAGCGAGCCGCGGUCGCCGAAGAGCCCGAAGAUCCGUUCAGCCGCGAACUCGCCGAACCCGGAGGACAGUCCGGGCCAGAAACUGGGUAAGAUCAAGCUGAAGCUGUCAAAGGGUGGCCACCCCUCCAUAAUAUCGAAUGAGAAUCUGGAGGAGACGGGCCAAUGGCAUACCGACAGCACGUCCUCGUCCUUAUCUCCCAUCGGUAUGAAGAUCAAACUGUCGAAAAGCGGCGACGCGUCCAUCGUGGGUGCGACCACGGAGAAACACGAGAGCGGCAGCCUGGACGACUCGAAGGAGACGAGUAAAUACAAGUUCGAGGAGUCGAAGAGAACGGACUCGCCCAUCGGCAUGAAGAUCAAGCUCUCCAAGUCCGGUGAUUCGGCGUCGAUCGUGCAGCAAGACAGUUCCAAGGAGGUUCUCGCCAAGCACAAGGAUAAGCUGGACUUGCCGCAGGGCAGCCCGAAGAGAACGGAAUCACCGAUCGGCAUGAAGAUCAAGCUCUCCAAGAGCGGCGACGCUUCCAUCAUUCAGAGCGACUGGCAGGACAUAGCAGAGGAGCACAAGGAAGCAAAACGCACGGAUUCCCCGAUCGGCAUGAAGAUCAAGCUGUCGAAGACUGGCGACGCCUCCAUUGUGUCCCCCUCGGAACCCGGCGUGGAUGACACGAAGGAGUCGUCCACGAAGACAAAGGAGAAGCAGGACUUUGCCGAGCUGCCGAAAAGGACGGAGUCUCCGAUCGGCAUGAAGAUCAAGCUGACCAAGGGCAAAGGAGGCGCAGCGUCCAUCAUCUCCAUGGACACCGUCGAGGACACGAGGGACAAGCUGGAGGUGCCCGAGCCACCCAAGCGCACGGAGUCGCCGCUUGGUAUGAAGAUCAAGCUGUCGAAGAGCGGCGACGCGUCUAUCAUACACUCAGAAGUCUCGGACGACGUGAAGGAGACGAGGCACAGAGAGAAACUCGAGGCCGCCGCCGCGCAGGACAUGGCGAAGCCGACGGAGCCUACCGGGAUUAAAAUUAAGGUAACGAAGUCGGGUGAGACCUCAACGUCAACCAUAUUGUCGGAAGUAAUCGAGGAGAACGCGUCCCAGAGCUCCGAGGUCUCCCCCGUUGGCCUGAAGAUCAAGGUGUCCAAGUCGGGAGACUUGACGUCAGUGGUGAGCUGCUCAUCUAGUAGUAAGCUGGAGCAAGCGGAGGACUCAAGGCCGCGGGAAGCUCAGGCGGAGACGCCCAAGAGGACGGAAUCUCCACUUGGUAUGAAGAUCAAGCUGUCCAAGAGCGGCGACGCCUCCAUCGUGCAGAGCGAGACUGCCACGAGCUCUGCCGUCGGCGAAGACCAUCAAGGCAAGACGACGCGCGCGUCUGACGCGGAGCACGCCAAGAGCAGCGAUUCGCCGUUGCCAGCGAGUCUCGGCAUGAAGAUCAAGCUCUUCAAGACGGGCGACGCUUCGGUGGUGACCGAGCCUGAGACGGGUAGAAAGGAGAAGCAACAGAGACGCAGCAAGGACGUCUCGGACUCGCCGUUGGAGAUGAAGAUCAAGCUGUCCAAGACCGGUCAUCCCACUAUCGUCGCGUGCGACAGUCAUGAAACUCAAGGAUCUUCCGCGCACAAGGCCAGCAAGGAGGCUCCGGUUACCGGCUCGCCGGAUUCUGCGCUUGCGUCUUUCUCACACAGGUACGCGGAGCAUCACGUCGCUCACAGUAAGGAUCCUCCUUCCCCAUUGAAGAUCCUCAAGACCGGCGCCGGUGCCAGCCACUCGUCCAUCUUGCAAGGUGGUCGGUCUGAGCUCACUAUCGAACCCGUCACGCCGAUGCAGAUUCAGAAUAGAAAGGCGAUGGAGAGCGCGCUCGAGAUAUCGUCCAAGCGCAAGGACAUCACGAUCUCACCGGUCGACAGCAAGAAGUCUAAGCUGGAGGCGCAGCUGUCACAGAUGCUGCCGGAGGUCACCAUUCAGCCGGUGAUGUGUCGGGAUCAGCAGAAGCAGCAGCAGCAGCAACAACAGCAGCAGCAGCAGCAAUUGCUGUUCGACCCGAAGACCAGUCUGAUCAGCCGGCAGCAGAUGAAUGUGAUCAGCCAGGAGAUUAGUAUCACGCAGGUACGGCCGUCGAAGACGUCGGACUCGUCUUCCAUGAGCGACAAGCUGAAGGAUAUUCUGAGCAAGAACACGACCAACUCGCCGGGCGGGUCGGAUUGCGAGAUCAUCGAACACCGACCAGAGCUGAUAAUCGUCAACGAGAACUCCAACUCCAGCCAGGACGUCAUGAUCAUCGAAGAAGUCACGCCCAGCAGAAUGACCGAUAUCAAAGUGCCGAAGAAGCGGGGCAGACCUCGGAGAAAUCCACUGGUGCAACAGGUGAUACAUCCGCCCGCGCACCUACUGGUACCCAGAGACCCCCUGUCCCUGGACGAGAUCCAGCAGACUCCACCGGUCGAACACCGGGAGAACGAGAGACCCAAGAGGACGUGUAGGAGCCAGAAGAGUUACGCUCCGCCCAAGAGAGGCAGAGGACGAGGUCGCGGUAAACGAAAAUUGGAUAACGUGGACAUCCCGACCGGCAAGAAGCCUCGAAUAGAUCAGGACUUGUCGGCUAUAGAGGCAUCGACGAUGGCUGUCAUCACCAUCGACGAGACACCAGCGGCGGAAGAUUCGUUGCGAAAAUCAUCGGAGUUGUACAAGGCGCUGAAGCAACCGCCUAUAGAUACGAAAACCGCAGGUCCCACCACUGCUAAAGGGAAGAGGGAGGCUAAAGCCGCAGAAGCCGCCGCGAUCGCGAUGCAGUUGGAACCUACAAGAUCGCCGUGCGGCGUCACGCAGGAUAAUUCGGCGAAGCCGUCCACCAGCCGAGCGACUAUCAGCUCCGCGGCGUCGUUGGACUUGAAGGAUAGUGAGCAGCACAAAAGACCGGCCGCGGACGUAGUUUCCGAAAAGAUACAGAAGACCACGGCGAAACAGAAUGCCGAGAAUAAAGGUAGGACAUCGUCGGAUGGAUCGAGAGCAUCCGAGAUGAAGGAGAUACCUACGCCACCCGGACCCUCGAACUGGUUAACGCCGACGUCGAAGAAGCAAGCCGACGCAGUCAUCAGAGGCGGCGAAACGGUGUCGAUGGUGCAAGUGAUCGACGAGGAGACGAGAAUGAGCGCCGAGUCCGGCUCCAGGUCGCAAACACCAGCUAGGAAUAUAUCAGCACCUGCCUCAGAGACGAUCAUAAAUGAAGAAUCUCAAGGUAGUGUCCUGAGUACUGCUACGACGGAAUCCGAAAAGGUCAAAGUCAAGAAUCGAAGGAUGGAAAUCAAUUUCGAUCCCGACGAAGGACCUUUCACCGUCGACAAAAUAGCAGAAUACGAGUGGCCACUGGAUAAGAAAGGUGAAACCUUCAUGAUUCAGGAGCAGAUAUCCCAAUAUCUCGGUGUGAAAUCCUUCAAGCGUAAAUAUCCUGAUCUCAAGCGCAGGAUGGUCGACAUGGAAGAGAGGAAUUAUUUGAGGGAAAAUGUAUUGGUCAGUGAGGCAAUGUGCGACAUGGGAUUAACUGCGGUGUGCAGUUCAGAAGUGCUGGACGUGAUGUGCAGCGAUUUUCCGGAUCAGUACGAGGAGUAUCGCAAGCAUAUGCGCGAGAAACAGGUGAAGGAACAUUCCAAGAAGCAGAAGGAACUCACAGCUGCGGCGAACGCGGAGAGGAAUAGGAUAGAUCUCGCGGAAAUGGCGGUGCAGUCUGCGAUGACGUGGAACGCUAAUUUGAACAAAACUCGCAAGGAGAACCGCAAGUACUGCUUAGAUCUGCAGACCUUUACGAUUCAUGUGCCAAAGAAGCCACAAAAGAUCGACACGGAGCACAAAACGAGUCAUUACCCGGUCGCCUUGAUACCAGGCCAGUACACCGAUUAUUAUCGGGAAUAUACGUCAGCGGAAUUGAGAUAUUAUCCCCUCAAUACCGUCCUGUACGGACCAACGCGGCCUAACGAACGUAAACUCGACAGUCAAUCGGAAGGAUCUCAAAGCGACAGCGAUAGUGAAUCAUCUUCUGGCGACUCUAGUUCAUCAUCCAGCGAGGGCACACAGGAUACGGAAGGAUCUCAGUCGACUAUGGACGAUGUUGAUAUGGAGAUAGUCACUCAAAAAGACGACGUAAAGUUGAAGUGCAAGAUGUGUCUGAAAGUCCUGAAUAAACACAAUAAAACUGAAAUAUUAAUACAGUGCGGCACUUGUAAUGGAAACGUUCACCCAUCCUGUAUAGACUUGACUCUGGAUAUGGUCCCUCAUAUUCAAUCGUAUGCAUGGCAGUGUACCGAUUGUAAAACGUGCGCGCAAUGCCACGAUCCUGCGGAUGAGGACAAAAUGCUCUUCUGUGAUAUGUGCGAUCGAGGGUACCACAUCUAUUGCGUCGGUUUGCGACGUGUACCGCAAGGCAGGUGGCAUUGUCAGGAAUGUGCCGUGUGCGCAAAUUGCGGCUCGAGAGAGCCCGGUGGUGCUAAUUCCGACAGAAACAGCGUCGCGCAGUGGCAGCAUGAGUACAAGAAGGGCGAGAAGAAUACCCGAGUAUAUGUCUCUACACUCUGUAUACCGUGUUCGAAGCUGUGGCGAAAGGGUCGCUAUUGCCCACACUGCAGUCGCUGUCAUACCGCCCAAAGGCUCGACCUGGAACCGAAUCUAGUGCAUUGCAGCGCAUGCGACAAGUAUCUGCACUUAGAUUGCGUGGAGACCAAGGGAGUAGCGUUUGAUAAGAAAAAUUAUUUAUGUGAUUUCUGUGCACCGUCGAAUCGUCAGCAAGUGGCAAAGCCUAUGUCACCGAAGAUACUCAAAACGUGAACGUAAUAACACUAUGGAAAGACCGUUCAAAGCUGUAUAAUAACGAUAUUAGCGAAGUGUAAUUAUGUUAUAUUAAGCGGUAUAUAUAUUGCAUUUUUAUCCGACUAUCUUUGUAAAUGAGAGUGCACGUGAAAUGUUCUUCUCGAGUACUUUAUGUGAGUGCGUUAUGAUGUACAUAGUUACAAUAUCAAUAAUUUAACUAAAUUAACUCGA